AUGUCGCUCGCCGCUGGGCCCGGCCGCGGUGGAGGAGCUUCGCACCUCCCACUCCAACUCAAUUUGGUCGUGGACAAGCAUGUAGCCUACAUUCAAGCUCUCGAUUCUCGCAACGACGAGCUUCAGUACCAUCUCACCGAGCAUUUGCGCAUCAGCGGCAUCUACUGGGGCUUGCUGCCUCUACACUUGCUCGGCCAUCCACAUGCCCUCCCUCGACAAGCUCUCUUCGACUAUGUCCUCGCCUGUCUGCACGACAAUGGCGGCUUUUCUGCAGCCCCGGCACAUGAUCCCCACAUGCUCUAUACCUGCUCGUCGGUCCAGAUACUGGCCAUGAUUGAUGCCUUCGACGAGCUCGAGGAGAAAAUGCCAAAUGCCAAGAUGAAGGUCGCAAAGUACAUUGCACGUCUACAACAGCCCAAUGGCACUUUUGCAGGAGACGAGUGGGGCGAGACGGACACGCGCUUCCUCUACUGCGCCUUAAACUCGCUCUCGCUGCUCAAUCUGCUUCCCAACCAAAGGCCGAAUGAGCCACCCAUCAUAAAUCUGCAGGCGGCAGCUGACCACGUGAAAGCAUGUCAGAACUUUGAUGGGGGAUUUGGCGUCGCUCCGGGGGCCGAAUCGCACAGCGGCCAAGUCUUCACCUGCUUAGGCGCACUCACUAUUGCAGGCGAAAUCCACUGCCUGGGCGAGGAAGGCAAGGACCGUCUCGGCGCCUGGCUUUCUGAGCGUCAGUUACCGAGCGGUGGCUUGAACGGCAGACCCGAGAAGUUGGUCGACGUCUGCUACAGUUGGUGGGUGUUGACCGGCCUCGCCAUGAUAGAUCGCCUUCAUUGGAUCGACAAGCAGAAGCUCACAGACUUCAUCCUGCAGUGUCAGGACCCUGAUCAAGGAGGCUUCGCGGAUCGCCCCGGCGAUAUGGUAGAUGUGUUUCAUACCUGUUUUGGCACAGCCGGUUUGAGCCUGCUUGGCCAUCCUGGACUCCUCGAGGUUGACCCAGCUUAUUGCAUGCCGAAACACAUCACCGAUAGACUGCUGGGACGAACAAAGUCAUGA